CCAUUGAUUGAUUAAGGUAAAUAUUAGAGUAGGUUGAAAGGAGAGAGUGGAAAAUGAAAGGGGAAAAGGGCAUAUAUCGAUCCUCUCAGCUGAUUGUUUGAUAGGGGGUAUUUAUAUAUAUGUGUGUGUGUUGAUCAUCAUCUUCACUCAACAAAUCGGUACCAAAUUGUGGAAUUUACUCUUGUUAAUUGCCCAAAUUCUUCUACCUCGGGAACCAAUUCUUCAUUUGAUGUCAAGCAACCAUCUCUCUUGUGCUGAUUCUGCUUUUGCCAAGCUUCCACAUCAUCUGCUUAUUGAAAUUUUCAUUCGCCUCCCUAUCUCUCACUGGCCAACUUUGUCUUGUGUUAACAACCAAUGGGCUCAUCUCUUUCGCCAAGACUUGUUCUGGAAUGCUGCUCUUCGCACCACUUUUCCUCUCGCUGCCCCUGCCCACCUUAACAGAUGGCCAGGCCCUAUUCCUCAAGGCUUGACCAAAAGGAGAUAUACUGCAUUGUAUGUCAGCAAACAUAUCUUUUCACUGGGUGAAAAAUUGGAUGACGAGAUUGUUGGUCACGUUUAUUUAUUUCUCAAAGAGCAGCUUGAGAUUUCAAAAAUGCCCCCUUUGUCUGGAGUACUUCAUGGAACCAUCAUAGAUCAGUUUAUUGCCUGUGGCAAGUCGAGGGACAUGGCUCAUGAGCUUGCUUCAAUAAUCUGGCUGGCUGUGGUUGACAAUUUGGAGGAGAAUGAACAAACAUUUAAUUUGCUAAAGCGUCUUGCAUCAGAAGGGGAUGUAAUCCUGCCUUUCCCGUAUUCCAGGUCUUAUAAAGUCCAAUGGAGAGUAUUUGAAAGGCUUUUCACAGACUUCCGCGACUGCUUGAAUCAUGUGGAGUACUGUGAUCUACUGGCAUGUGCCAAGCAAAAGUUUCAACCAGUACCGUCUGCUUGGCUGGGCUACUAGCAUAGAAUUACAAAUGUAAAGAAGUUCCAUGUGUCUAUUUUUCUCCUUUAUAAAAAAAAUACUAAUACUAAUAAUGUAAUUUUGCAAGACGUGUAAAAAGGAACAUGAGGGAUGGACGAACGAGGUUAUGAAUUGUAAAUGCAUAAUUGUAAAGACUAAUGUUCGAAAUGAAUGUACUUAGUUUCGACCUCUCGGACUUGGGAAACAGAAUGCACACGAGAAUGAAUAUUAAUUGUAGCAUACAAAAAGAGAAG